GUAAGCCCCUGGAUUCAUAAUGCCAAUACCACAAGACGAUAUCUCAGGAGACGGUCUAAGUGUAUAAGAAAGGUGUUAGGUGUCCCUACAACCACAACAAUCACUUCAAAAACACCUCUAAUCAACACAUUCGCUCUAUUAAACACAUUCAUUACAGCUCACAGUUACACGCUUGCUUAAUUCAAACAUUCAACUCAACCACGAUCGUUCGUUACACCUCUUUCGUCAUGAAGUUUGCCUCCAUGUUUGCGGCCGUCGGCGCCAUCGCCUCAGUCGCUGCCCUUCCCGCCAAUCAGCCUCGCCAGGCAUGCACGAACCCCGAAAAGAAAGUUGAGUGGCGCCAGAUGGACGCCGGUGACCAGAAGGCUUACCUUGAUGCUGUUCUGAGCCUCAAGACGAAGCCCUCCAAGAUUGGACUCAACUCGACUCUCUACGAUGAUUUCGGCAAUGUGCACUACCAUCUUAACAAAUGGAUCCAUGGCGGCCCCAGCUUCCUGCCCUGGCACAGAUACUUUUCUUACGUCUACUUGAAGACCCUUCGUGAUGAAUGUGGCUACACCGGACCCGGCCCAUACUGGGACUGGACCCUCGACAACACCGCCCUGCUAAAGUCCCCCGUCAUGUCUUCGGACCUCGGCUUCGGAGGUGACGGCAGCACCAACCGGACCGAGACUUCGGCCAACGGCGGGGUUCUCAAGUGCGUCGACUCGGGCCCCUUUGCCCAGCUGCGCCCCGAGUGGCUCCAGAUCAACCCGACGACCAUGCUGGGUGGCGGCCACUGCCUUUACCGAGGCAUGCCCGAGGUCUCUGAACCGGACGCCUUCGCGGCCAUGUCCAAGGUCAUCUCGCCCGAGUACAUCGACGAAAUGCAGACGACGGGUAACUGGUCUGAGUACAGGUACUUGCUCGAGGGCGGACCGCACGGCACCAUUCACGCGUCGCUCGGCGGCGAGAUGAACCCGACUACAUCUCCAAACGAGCCCCUCUUCUUCCUGCACCACCCUCAGAUCGACCGCCUCUGGUGGUUGUGGCAGCAGCAAAACACCUCGCGCCUGACCGAGUACUAUGGGGAGCAGAUACACUUCGGCGAGGAGGGCACCCGCGAGGUUAGCCUCGACGACGUCCUGCCCAUGUGGGGUCUGGCCGAGAAUAUUACUAUUAGGGAGAUCAUGGACACUACUGGUCGUCUCUGCUACACCUACUGAAUGGCAGAGGGUCGUGUGUGGGAUGGAAAUUCGGAGGAGGUUAAUUCUCCGUUGGGGGUUUCGUCAGUGUCCGAGACAAAGAGACAUAUUUGUAUAUUCUGGGUGAUUUUUUUUAUUUACACAGUCCGAGGUUGCUGUGAUAAAUCGGUAGACAGGUACAUAAAAUUUUGUUAGAC